GGGAUUGCUAGACACUUAAUUUUUAGCCAGAAAGUCUGUAAAGUUAAUAAUAACCAACCUGAGAUACUUAAGAAGAGAGGAUAUGCAGUCUGAACAAGGUCUAUGCCAGUAAAGACAGAAUGGAGACGUUGCUCCAACAGCUGACCCGGGGUAAUGCCCUGUUCUUCAUCCUUAUUUUGGGAAUUGGAGGAAGCUUUCAUAAUGGCUACCACAUCAGUGGACUGAGUUCUCCCUCGCCGCACAUUCAGCGUUUCAUCAACAGCACCUGGUACAACAGAUAUGAAGAGCCUCCGUCUCCACAGACCAUCACAGUGAUCUGGUCACUUAUUGUUUCCUUAUUUGCUGUCGGGGGAGUUUUCGGUAGCAUCAGUGUCAAACCGAUAUCCAACAAGCUGGGAAGAAAAAAGACCAUGAUGUGCAGCAGCUUUAUCGCCAUUGUUGCAGCAGGGAUCAUGUUGGCAAGUAAAUAUGCCAAAUCAUAUGAAAUGAUUAUUGUGGCCAGAAUCGUCUACGGCUUCGCGACAGGUUUGGGAUCCAACACCCAUUCAGUGUACCUGGGAGAAAUCUCACCUAAAAAGUUGAGAGGGAUGGUAUGUCAGACCGUGGUGACGUCUUUUUCAUUUGGCAAACUGUCUGGACAGGUUUUUGGACUGAGUGAGAUCCUUGGUCGCGAGGAGCUGUGGAACAUCGUCCUUAUUGUCCCUUCAUUUUUCUCCGCGGUUAACCUUAUAGUGAUGCCUUUUUUUCCUGAGGCCCCCAGAUACUUGUUCAUAGAGAAAGGUGAUGAAAAGGCCUGCAUAAAAGCACUCCAGAGUCUGUGGGGCCCAGGUGACUACAAACAGGAGAUGGACGAGAUGUUGGCUGAGCAGGCGGCUAUUGAGGCAGCCCCGCAAAAAAGCAGUCUGCAGCUGCUGAGGGACAGGAAUAUGAGAUGGCAGCUUCUCACAAUCUCCUUCAUCUACAGCUGCAACCAGCUCUCAGGCAUUUCUGCAAUCAAUACCUUCUCUUUUGACAUCUUCCUGAAAGCAGGUAUACCGAGACAAAUAAUCCGCUAUGUCACUGUUGGUCUCGGAGUAACUGAAAUCCUCACCUCCAUCUCCUGUGGGCUGCUGAUUGAGCACACAGGGAGGAGGCCGUUGCUCUGGGGGGGUUACGGUGUCAUAUCUGCCAUCAUGGUGUUGGUCACUGUCACACUCAACUUGAAGGACUUCGCCUACUGGGUUCCAUACAUUACUGCUGUUUUGGUCAUCCUCUCCAUUAUCUUCUACAACGGAGGACCUGGUGGAGUUUCAAGUUCUAUCCACAAUGAGAUCUUCAUCCAGUCCGAUCGGCUGGCGUCAUUUGUCCUCAUGGGGAUCCAACGCUGGAUUUGUCUUGGUGCUCUGAACCUAGCCUUUCCAUUCCUUAUUAAUACCCUGGACUCGUACUGCUUUAUGCUGUUCGCCUGUGUGUGCCUGCUGGGUUGUCUUGGCACCUUUUUCAUCCUGCCUGAAACCAAUGGGAAAACCCUGCUAGAGAUCACCAAGGAGUUUAGAGCCAUCACCGUCUGUGGGAGAUCUUUCUCAAAGGAAAAAAUAAUGGAGACCAAGUUAUGAGCCAGUUAUGUUUCAAACUGUCAGAGGAUUAAUGAAUGACUCACACAAAAGGACAAGCACAGACAGCAAAUGUAACAGCACUGAACAAACGGCACCUCAGUUGAUUCGUUUUUAGCCAUUUAUAUCAACGCCACCAGACUCCACUGACAAAUGAAUAAUUUUACUUUACAGAACAUAGGAGCUACUGGUCCACUGCUCCCUUGGGCAGUUAGUGUGUAUGAUAGAGAUGAGGAAUUUAUUUUAAAUAUGAUGUACACUUAAACUGAUAUUGACUUUUUAGGUGGGUGUUUUUAAGUGGUUUUGCUGCAGCCCUCAUCCACAGUAGUACAUUGCAGCCUUCGUGCUGGUCAAUUUGGCUUAUCAAAGACACCAGCAAAUCAACAGAGUACAUAAAAUAAGCACCGCAGAAAUGUCAGAUGAGUUGGAUCAAAGUGUUAAUUUUAUAUAUUUAAACACUGCAGUUACGGUUGAAAAAGAAAACAGAAAUCCCCAUAUUUGCCUAUUUCAGAUAUCUCUGCAAUUCAAAUCAAUUUCCAGUUGUCUUUGGAUGUUAAAAUUGUUGUAAGCUCGACAUUACGUUGAUUUGGUCUAUUUUUCGGCCAUUUCCAGGCAUUGUUCUUUAACAAACUCUUCCUUGAGAAUUAAUCAGACUGACUUUAAAUUCGGUCAGUACAAUGCUGUUAGCUGUUAUUCCCGGCUAGCUGUUAUCCUCCGAUACCCCGAACGAGUUUUGCGGAUUAAAAAACUACACUGGACUUCUUGUCGGCAUGAGGGUCAGUAAGUACUGUCUGUAUUUUCAUUCUAAAGUGGUGAUUUCCUUUA